GUGAUGGAUAAAGGCUACCUUGACUUUGCCGCCCACGACAAGAGCUGCACGGGAAGUGUCUGGGACGGACGCCGUCCAAAGCGCUGUCUCCCAUGUUAACAGAGGUCAAGUACACACCCACACACACGCCCAAAACUGUCACUCACGUGCUUGACAUGCCCAGCUCUCCCUGGUCAGGGUCUGGCCCGAUCAUCACUGAAGUCCUGGGUGGACAGGAACACACAUACUGCAACCUCUCCAAUGAUGGAGAGUCGGAUUCUGAAUCCUCAGGACUAAGGCCUAAUCAACUCUUCAUGAACACUCCCAAUAAGCCUUUGGUGUGCGUCAUGGAGGACAACUCUGCAUCAGGCGUCCAUAUCAAGUCUGAGCCGCUGAGUCCAGCCCCGAGCCCAAAACCCAAUGGGCAGGUUGAUGACAUGGUCUCUGAGAAUUUUGGACUGGAUGAGUUGAUGGAAUUAGCAGACAGAAAGCAUUCAGUAUGUAAACCUGUCACAGAUGCAGUAGAAGAUAGCCUCAAGUUUUGGGAGGGCAUCAUAGCCUUGGGACUGAUGGAAGAUUUCAUGAAGGAAAUUAAAAUCUCAUUAGACAUUCUGAAACAGAGACUGGUUCAUCCGUCUGGGGAUAUUGAGAGAGAGGCAGUGAAGCUGUCCAGUGUGGUCAAGGACUUGGGGUUGUUUCGAGUUCUACAUGAGAAAAUGGUGGACCUACAGAGGGAAACUCACGAACAGCAAUACAGACUGAACGCCGAAAUCUCAGUUCUAGAAAAGCAAUGGAGCGAAACACAGAAGCGUAAAGGCAACUUGGCAAAGAGGCAACAGUUGUUAGAUCAAGUGAAGACCAGCUCCAGAAUCAAGAAGCGUAAUGGAGUACAACGAACAGAUGUAUUAGCGCCCAGAAAACAUGUCAGCCAUCCCCUGAGCAAAAAUCUGGAAAGAGCAAGGAGCGGGUCACCAUUAGCAACCAAGACCCAGGACUCCACGAUCAUUAUAACUGUGAACGAGGGAGUGGAUGGGGAGUCGUGCGUCCCAACGCCAUCAGAAAACGAAGAUUUUCUGGUCACCAUAACAUCUGGGCGCACUGCGGUCACUAUGGAAGAUGGCCUGAAGGACAAGAUUCUGAAUGAAAGGCAGCAGGAGUUAGAUGGUGACAUGGAGGUGAAGGACCCCCUGCAAAUCAAAACAGAAACCCCCAUAGGAGGUAAAAGGAAAUAUGAAGACAGUGAAAUUGUGUCGAAUGGCUCAAGUCGGAGAAAGCGGCAGCAAGCUGAAAGGAUUGUCAAUGCGCAAGAAGAUGAAUGAAGAAGGAGGCUUUAAUUUCGGUUUUCGUGAUGUUUUUUUUGGCUACCAGUAUUGAAGACUUUAAAUCCAUGGUGAAGUGUUGAAUUUUUAUGAUUAUUCACUGUCUGUUUCUCAUUCGCAUUCCCAUGACAUGCAAUAAUGCAGCUGUUGUUGUUGACUUUUCUAUCAACAAACCAAUUGUGAUUUACAUUACCGGUACCAGAUUACCAGCUAAGAAAGUUUUACCAUUUCUAAAAUGUCGUGUACAUAGGAAAAGUUUCAGAUAAUCAUUUCAUUCAUUUUCAGAAACAUGUGCAUGAUCAUUCAGUCUUGUUAGAAUUGUCUGUAUUCAUGUUAUUGUAUCUGCAUAUUUCAGUUCCAUUUUCAUAAUGUGUAAUGUUUGUUAAUGUAGGUCAGACUUUAAGGAAGCAUCGAUAAGGGUAUGUUGUUUAUUCCUGGCG